AAAGUGGAGUAUUAACAUUAAAACUAGUAACUUUCAAUCAGUGCAUCGAACUAUCCGGCUCAUCGAUUCGCUCUGAGUUACAUUAGUCGCCCCUGGCUGUCGCCCCUCAGGAUGUGCAGUCGAGCACAGAUCAUGCGGGUUGUGUUGACGUGGUAACGCUCUUAUCAGUUUUGUUGGAAAUAUCCAAAUAUCGAUGAGUAAAAGUUAGCAAAACUAGUGCUAAUAAAAGCGAGUAGUCAUGCUGGACUUUGCCAUCUUUGCCGUCACGUUUGUCGUCAUCUUGGUCGCCGCUGUUCUGUAUUUGUACCCGUCAUCCAGAAGAGCCUCUGGUAUCCCAGGUCUCAACCCCACAGAUGAGAAGGACGGAAACCUGCAGGACAUCGUGAACAGAGGGAGUCUGCACGAGUUCCUGGUCAGUCUGCAUCAGGAGUUUGGGUCCGUGGCCUCGUUCUGGUUCGGUGGUCGUCCGGUGGUGAGUCUGGGCUCCGUGAACCAGCUACGGCAACACAUCAACCCCAACCACACGACUGACUCCUUUGAGACGAUGCUGAAGUCGUUGCUUGGUUACCAGUCGGGCGUGGGAGGCGGGGCCGGGGAGACCGUGGUCAGGAAGAAAGUGUAUGAGAGUGCCAUCAACAACACCCUCAAGAACAACUUCCCUCUUGUGCUCAAGCUGGUGGAGGAGCUGGUGGGAAAGUGGAGGUCGUUCCCGGAGGCUCAGCACACGCCGCUGUGCGCCCACAUGCUGGGGCUCGCCAUGAAGACGGUCACCCAGCUGGCUCUGGGCGAGCGCUUCAAAGACGACGCCGAGGUCAUUUCCUUCCGCAAGAAUCAUGACGUGAUCUGGUCGGAAAUUGGAAAAGGCUACUUGGACGGCUCCUUGGAGAAAAGCUCCAGCAGGAAAGGACGAUAUGAGAAGGCUCUGUCGGAGAUGGAGUCUGUGCUUCUGUCUGUGGCCAAGGAGAGAAAAGCCCAAAGGAAGCAGACGGUGUUUGUGGACACUCUGCUUCAGUCCAGCCUCACGGAGCGACAGAUCAUGGAGGACUGCAUGGUUUUCACUCUGGCCGGAUGCGUCAUCACCGCUAACUUGUGCAUCUGGGCGCUUCACUUCCUGUCCGCCUCGGAGGACGUCCAGGACAAGCUGCACCAGGAGCUGGAGGACGUUUUCGGGUCCGAGCCGGUUUCCUUGGACAAGAUCCCUCAGCUCAGAUACUGCCAGCAGGUCCUCAAUGAGACGGUGAGGACGGCCAAGCUGACGCCGGUCGCGGCUCGACUUCAGGAAGUGGAGGGCAAAGUGGACCAGCACGUCAUCCCUAAGGAGACUUUGGUGAUUUACGCCUUGGGAGUCGUUCUGCAAGAUGCUGACACCUGGAGCAGCCCAUACAGGUUCAACCCGGAUCGAUUUGAGGAGGAAUCCGCCAGGAAGAGCUUCUGUCUUCUCGGCUUCUCAGGGAAUCAAACGUGUCCAGAGCUCAGGUUUGCCUACACCGUCGCCACCGUCCUGCUCAGCACGUUGGUGCGACGGCUGAAGCUCCAGCGGCUGCAGGGACAAGUGGCCGAGGUCCGGUCCGAGCUGGUGUCCUCACCCAAGGACGAGACCUGGAUCACCGUCAGCAGGAGAAGCUGAAGCUACGACGCACCGGCGAAAUAAAUGUGUCCCAAGUCAUUUCCCAGCUGCAGUUUGUAUCGUUUUAAAGGCUCUUUUUUUGGCCCAGACUUUUGCAAAAUAAGUUGAACCAGCACUGUCUUCCAGUCACCGCACAUCUGUCUGGUGCUUUACUCUGCACAGUAUUUAGGGGCCUUAAAGCACAUUAAUAACUUCACAUUAUUGCACUUGUUGAAAGAAUCAAAUCCGCUCUAAUCCUCAGUUGUGUUGAGAAAAAUACGACUCGUGCCUCCAAAAGAAAACCUCGAUCAACAGCCUUGAAUCACAGUUUCCAGUCGCCAUUUAGAUGCAUCACACUGCAUUUAGAUGUUACAUUCCUUUUUUUAAUGACAUCUUAUUAAAUCUGUAUAAAGAUUUUAA